AAUCACUUACACAUUCACCUCUGCCUCCAUCUCCACCUAAUUCAAGACAAAGCCAACUUUUCAAGCCAUGCGAUCCGCCGUGUCAGCUGUCAUCCUUCUUAUUUCUCUCGUGGCCAUGACUAUGGUUAUCUCGGUAUCAGCAAGUCCGCUUCCUGUUGUUAAGAUGGAUCUCCUGUCUCGCGCCGAUCCUGUAUACCCUGGCUCUAACUCGUCGGGAUGCCCCCAGGCGUGUGGUAUGGUCCACGACCCACGUUGCGCUACUUCCCAAAAUGGCACACCAAGGACAUUUAGCAACCAAUGUGAAAUGGAUAAGCACAACUGCGAGAACCCAGAAGAUACCUACGCGCCCACAAAGAAGGGCUGCUAAAUAAUCCAUAUUCCUUUGUACAACA